UACUCUAAUCUCUACAUAUGCACCAUCUGUAAUGCACAGUAGGCUAGCCUACAGUGUGUCAUAUUGUCUCUUCUUAAAUUAAAAAAGGGGGGAUUUUUCUGGGGCUCUGUCUGUGUCACUGCUUUAUAAUGGUGCUCAUUUUCCAUACAGAGUGCGUAGAUAUGUGACACAGUCAACCAAAUACGUAUAUGGACUGUACAUUGAAUGAAGUGCAGUUUGUAAGAGUCUUAAAACUACUUUUUAAACACACAAAACACAAGUAAAGUAUUAUGCAUUGAUCUCAAUGAAAGACAGGAUUCUUUUUGUUCCUUUCUUCCUGCACAAGUAGAAUUUGUGCACAGCUCCUUGUCUGUGAUCAUUUAUUUUUUUUACAUUACAUUUGUGAGAAACAGGACGAGAACUGUUGAUACCAAUCACAUGACAUAUUUUUUGUAAGUCUAAUGAUUCAUAAACACAAAACAAUGUUUACUUCUGACCCCUCGGCACCAGGCCGGCUGUCAGGGGAGGCAAGGAGUAUGAGUGGGUGUGGAUGUGAGGCCUAAUGUGGAAAAUUUUGUCCUGAGUCAUUGAGUCAUUUCCAAGAAAGAACAUUGACAAACUGUAGAAGAAAAUUUGAAAUGUUAAACAUAAUUUUUGGCAUUAGAAAUAUGUCUUUCCAGAACCUCCUAGAUUUUGGAUCCUUUUCCUGUCUGGAAAUGCCUCUGUUUCGGGCUCAAGGUGAACAUGGUGGGGCAAAGGCUCAGCCCGGGCAGAGGAGGAAGAGGAAGAUGAGGUUUGGAGUAGGGAGCUGCGUGAAGACAGAUGAAGAUGGCUCUGUCCUUUCCUUGACACGGUUGUGUCUGCUGAGCCUGGCAGACAACAUGAAGGAAGUGUGGGUGAAGGACUAUGCUGACAACUACCUGGACCAUUAUUCAUUCAGAUACAUCAUGGGGCCUUUCAACUUACUGCCGGGUGAACUGGUCGAGGAGCUGAUGUCGCUCCUGUGCACCAGAAAGGAGAUGACCCGGGCAGCCCUCCACCUCCUGCUGGUCCCGCAGCUUCGUGCCCUGUCUCUUGAAAGGUGUCCUGGUCUGGUCACUGCUGCCCUCUGUGCUCACAUUGCUGCACGUUGCCAGAGUCUGUGGAGUCUGGACCUCUCUGGAGCCCAGCAGCUGCCCUCAAAGAUCCUGUCUGAAACUCUCUGCUGCCUGCCCGCCCUGCGCUCGCUCUCCCUGGCUGGUACACCUUGUGACAGAUGUGUAAUCAGGACAAUUGCCCACCGCUGUCGUUUGCUGCGCCAUCUGGAUGUAUCCCGCUGUCAUUUCCUUUCCCCUGCUGCUCUACUUCUUCUUGGUGGUGGGACUUCCUUCUCCUCCUCUGGUUGUCCUUCUAGGUCACCUUGUGGCACCUCAGCAUCCCAGUCUUUUAUUUCCUCUUCUUGCUCGGCACCCCUGCCUCCUCUCCCCCUCGGCAGCCUGCUGGCUAUGGAUAUUGGGUUUGGAGAACAAGAGGGAGACCCUGUGGCAGCAGCAGCCUACCUCCUCCUCUCUCUGCCCUGCCUGGAGAGAGUGGCCAUGGAGGGCCUCGGGCCGGCCUGUAGUCUCAUCCAGCACAGACAGUUCGGCCAAACAGAUGAGUUCACUGACAGAGAAGGAGUUCCCAGGCUGGGGGAGGUGUGGAGGGAGCGAAGUAACAGGCAGGAUACAGACAGUUUGCAGAAAAAGAGAGAAGGAGCAGUGGCAGGUGAAGAAUAUGAGGAUGAGGAGGAGGAGGAGAUGUUGUGGGGGGGGUAUGGUAGUGAGAGUGAGGAAGAUGCAAGUAGAGAUGAAGGGCCGAUGUGCUCUCAUAAUCAAAUGAGAGGAAGAGCUCUGUCGGGUGAUGAGCACCUGAUCCUGCGCCUGAAGGAUGUCAAGGGCUUGUCAUGUGACUCUCUGGAGAGUUUAAGUCGAGCAUGUCCAAACAUCCACUCCAUCUCUGUGAACGUAGAUUAUGAUGAAGAUGCAAGAGGGAGAAGCCAGGGGUCUGUGUUUGCUGCAGGCCUCAAGACGUGGUCAGGUCAGCUGCGGAGCCUCUUGGUACACUACCCAGGCCCUAUGGUAGCUCUCUUACCUGGCUUGCAAGUCGCAGGCUCCUCUUUGGUCUCUCUCACCCUGGAGGGGGUGACAACCAGCCCUCACACCCCUCUGCUGGAGGUCAUCAAGGCCUGUCCCAGACUCAGAGACCUGUUCAUCUCUGCCGAGCCUCCCACCACCCCACAUGGAGAAGAAGACGAGGAGAAUCAGAGAGAUGAUCUGGAUCUUCCACAGCUGCCUAACCUCUGCUCUCUCGCACUCAAUUUCUCCUACGACCACAGCCAAGUGAAGCCUGACAUGUCCUGGAUGUCCCUGAAGAGGGUGCUCAAGGGUCUCCUGGCCGGUUCUCCUUUACUGGAGAAGCUCUCAUUGGUCUCCCUGCCCUGCCCUCUGGACAGCGUUUUACAGAAUGUACUGCGUGGUUGUAACUUGGACCUGCACAAGCCACUUGGACGAGUACGAUGCUUCGACCUGCCAAGGACUGAUGUGCAGAUGACAACACUGAAAAGUAUAAUGCGAUGGAGCAAGAGACUCGAGUAUGUAGAUGUAAGUUACUGUUGGAAAAUUACAUGGCUGCAGUCGUUGGACUGCAAGGCUUUCAGAAAAGUCAAAGUUGUCUGGGUGUAGUGAAGGUGGAUGAAUAUAAUGCUUUCAAAUAAAAGCAAAAUGCACACUUUUUAUAGUGUCAAUUAUAUUACUUACUCAGCUUUCACAAGGACAACUUAUUUUUGUAACUAAAGUCAGAUUGAUUUUACAGACUGUUUUGCACUGAACGAUUGAAAUAUGUACUUAUAACUUGUUUUGAAUCAAAACAUGAUUAUUCCUAUAGUGCCUUCAAUGAAUUACAAACUAUCGCCUUUGCUGUAUUUUAAGUAAAUCUUUUGAUUAUCAUGUUUUUCUAAGGAAAUGGUGAUGUGUGAAGAACACUGUUAUAUGUAUAAUGUCCUUUGAGUAUAACAUUCUAUGAGAAAUUAUAAGAAAUGCAACUGA